AUGGGACGUUGGAAAGUGCUUUCUGAUUACGAGAAGGGACAGAUCGAUGCCUACAAGAUCGACGAGAAGGGACAGAUCGAUGCCUACAAGAUCGACGAGAAGGGACAGAUCGAUGCCUACAAGAUCGACGAGAAGGGACAGAUCGAUGCCUACAAGAUCGACGAGAAGGGACAGAUCGAUGCCUACAAGAUCGACGAGAAGGGACAGAUCGAUGCCUACAAGAUCGACGAGAAGGGACAGAUCGAUGCCUACAAGAUCGACGAGAAGGGACAGAUCGAUGCCUACAAGAUCGACGAGAAGGGACAGAUCGAUGCCUACAAGAUCGACGAGAAGGGACAGAUCGAUGCCUACAAGAUCGACGAGAAGGGACAGAUCGAUGCCUACAAGAUCGACGAGAAGGGACAGAUCGAUGCCUACAAGAUCGACGAGAAGGGACAGAUCGAUGCCUACAAGAUCGACGAGAAGGGACAGAUCGAUGCCUACAAGAUCGACGAGAAGGGACAGAUCGAUGCCUACAAGAUCGACGAGAAGGGACAGAUCGAUGCCUACAAGAUCGACGAGAAGGGACAGAUCGAUGCCUACAAGAUCGACGAGAAGGGACAGAUCGAUGCCUACAAGAUCGACGAGAAGGGACAGAUCGAUGCCUACAAGAUCGACGAGAAGGGACAGAUCGAUGCCUACAAGAUCGACGAGAAGGGACAGAUCGAUGCCUACAAGAUCGACGAGAAGGGACAGAUCGAUGCCUACAAGAUCGACGAGAAGGGACAGAUCGAUGCCUACAAGAUCGACGAGAAGGGACAGAUCGAUGCCUACAAGAUCGACGAGAAGGGACAGAUCGAUGCCUACAAGAUCGACGAGAAGGGACAGAUCGAUGCCUACAAGAUCGACGAGAAGGGACAGAUCGAUGCCUACAAGAUCGACGAGAAGGGACAGAUCGAUGCCUACAAGAUCGACGAGAAGGGACAGAUCGAUGCCUACAAGAUCGACGAGAAGGGACAGAUCGAUGCCUACAAGAUCGACGAGAAGGGACAGAUCGAUGCCUACAAGAUCGACGAGAAGGGACAGAUCGAUGCCUACAAGAUCGACGAGAAGGGACAGAUCGAUGCCUACAAGAUCGACGAGAAGGGACAGAUCGAUGCCUACAAGAUCGACGAGAAGGGACAGAUCGAUGCCUACAAGAUCGACGAGAAGGGACAGAUCGAUGCCUACAAGAUCGACAAGAAGGGUAUUCGAGAAAUCGCAAGGCUGUUGGACCGCAAUCACAAUUGCAUUCGACGUUAUUUAAAGAACAAGAACGUGACCACUCCUAAAAAGAAGACUGGGCCCAAACCUCAGCUUACAUCUCGAGCUAAGCGUCACAUUGUGAAUUCAAUUCAUGGAAAGUCAUCCUACGAC